UUACUUCCACUUCCGAACUCGAAAGUAUCCCAAAACGUUGCUCAAGUCACUGUAAAAAGUCGUGAAUUGGUUAGAGAUUUGGAAGCAAAGGUCAGCAUUACGACAAAUCUGUCGUUGAACCGUGAACUUCAACUUAUUGUUGGUGAGUUUGUGCAACAGGAACUGAUUCCGGAAAGUCGUUUAUGGUUUUUAUGUCAAUCGGCAGCACUAAACCGUGCUGCUUUGCAAUCAUCAGCAACCAUUCACUUAGCCACACAUACACUAGUGGAUUCUCGUGAUGGUACAAAAUAUACCAUUCAGGUGGCACAUAGUGCUUCACUAUUGUUAUCAAUGAUACUGGUUUACGGUUGGCAACAACGAUUACUUUGCAUGGCCCAUUUAAUAGGUGCCGAUACGCUCCCUUCAAAAGAUCAGUUGGAUACCAAUCUU